CAGCCUUCAGCCUCGCCCCCGAGAGCAGCACCUGCGGCCUGCCAGGAGUGGUGAUCUGGUGGCUACUGGCCCCUCUUUCUCCGGCUGUUAUGGCGGCUUUGCGGGCCUUUGGGGCGAAGGGCACCUGCUGGUUCCCUCGAGGCCCGGGCGCCCGGCUGCCCGCCCGCUUCUGCAGCCGGGUGCCGGCCGGGGCCGGGGGACCCGAGUCCGAGGUGCAGCUCACCUGUGCGCGGCAGCGGGACGGCAUCAGGGACAUUGUCUUGAGUAAUCCGAGGAAGAGGAAUGCCUUGUCACUUGCAAUGCUCAAGUCUCUGCAGAAGGACAUUCUUCAUGAAGCUGAAAGCAAAGAUCUGAAAGUGAUUGUAAUCUCAGCUGAGGGGCCUGUUUUUUCUUCCGGACAUGAUUUAAAGGAACUGACCAGUGAGCAAGGCCAAGGUUAUCAUGCUGAAGUGUUUCAGACCUGUUCCGAGGUCAUGAUGCUGAUCCAGAACCACCCCGUGCCUGUCAUCGCCAUGGUCAACGGCUUGGCCACAGCUGCCGGCUGUCAGCUGGUGGCCAGCUGCGACAUUGCCGUGGCCAGCGACAAGGCCUCCUUCGCGACUCCUGGGGUGAACGUCGGGCUGUUCUGUUCCACCCCCGGGGUGGCCUUGGGGCGAGCGGUGCCCAGAAAGGUGGCCCUGGAGAUGCUGUUUACCGGGGAGCCCAUCUCCGCCCAGGAGGCCCUGUUGCACGGGCUGGUGAGCAGGGUCGUGCCCGAGGCACAGCUGCAGGAGGAGACCAGGAGGAUAGCAACCAAGAUCGCCUCUCUCAGCCGGCCCGUGCUGGCUCUGGGCAAGGCCGCCUUCUAUAGGCAGCUGCCCCAGGACCUGAAGACCGCCUACUGCCUCACCUCCCAGACCAUGGUGGACAACCUCGCCCUGGAGGAUGGGCAGGAGGGAAUUGGGGCCUUCCUGAAGAAGAGGCGGCCCGUCUGGUCACACUGAGCCAUGGGAACAGAGCCGUGGCAGGGUAAGGCCAGCACUCAGCUCCUAGCCCAGCCACUGCUGCUGCCUCUGAACAGACCUCAGGGGCCUCUUAGGACACUGAUGUUGGUUCCACACGUGGCCAACAUCAGAAGCCGUGGUUUCGUGGAGAAAGAAUGAAACGGAGGGCAACUGAGGUGCUAACUCGGGAUGGUUGGUGAACCCCUGAGAAGGACCAGGUGUGGCAGAGAGCCUGGCAAGAGGACUCCUCCUCCCCACAACCUCAAGUGACUGACACCCUGACACAGCAGGUGACAUGAGAUUGAGGCAAGAAAAGAAGGUGCCAACCUGACCCUAUCCAGCAGUGUCCUCUAAAAAGGAGUUAAUUCUGGUUGCUCCAGAGAGGUGCAACAUUUCCAAUCUCCACGAGACACUCUUCACACUGGAAAUCUUCCUGAUUCUAAAGAGAAAUGAUGCCUUUGGCUUUGGAAUAAUCUUAUAUGAUUUAAAUAGAUUAAAUAUUUAUAGA